AUGGCCGUUAACGGCGUUUACGUCGUCUUAGGUGAAGUGAACACCGUAGUUGCAUUGCUGAACAAAGCACGACGACAGUACCAGUUAUCCCAUCAGCUUUCAUCUCUCGAUGAUACUGAGCCGCUUCUUCGAAAUUUUUCAGAUCUUAAGGAAGUUUUAAAUGAGGUGGCGAAUCUAGGUGAUAUGAAUCCGCUGACGUAUCUAUCACCGUUUUUAGAUGUUAUUAAAGCACAAAACACAAAUGGACCAAUUACUGAAGCAGCUUUAUCGUCUGUAGCGAAAUUCCUCGGUUACGGACUUAUAGAUGCCAAUAGUAUCAAAGCUGCAAAUGCAGUGGAAUCAGUUGCACAGGCUGUUAUACAUACAAAAUUUAUUGGUGGGAAAAGCAGUGGUAGUGAUGAAUGUGUGCUUUUCAAAAUUCUUUUGGUUCUUCGUUCCCUGUUACUCUCACCACCUGGCGCUUUUCUAUCCGAUGAAGCUAUAUGUGAUAUGAUGCAGUCUUGCUUUCGUAUCGUAUUUGAGCAGCACCUAUCACCCUUGUUACGAAAAGCUGCUGAGGCGACGCUCAGCGAUAUGACGCAGUUGAUUUUCACCCGGUUGCCAACAUUCAGUGAAGAUGCUCGGCAUCCUUACAUGAGGAAGCUGGUAAGUAUUGCUAAUUUGUCGCAUACUUUUCUCGGAUACGACGUAGUUUCGACUCCAGAUCAUUCCUGCGACGGAGCAUCAUUGCCAAGUGCUAUAUUUAAACAGAAAGAAAUUAACGCUGUAGAUCGGUUUGAAGAAAAAGCAGACGAUGCGGACAGUGAAGGAGAAGAUGACACACCAGUGAUAAAGGAUGUGACGAUAGGUGAAGAGGACGAUGUGGAAUCAGGUGGAAUUUCAAUUCAGAUGCCAUAUGGGCUUCCAUGCUUCUCUGGAACAAUCUAUCUUUUUAUCAUUUACAGGUCACUACUUCAGGUGUGUCAGUUAAAAUUCCAACUGGAGGCGUACUUUCACAAACUAAAAGGCAUAGUGCUUGAGGAGCAGGUUGGUAGUCGUACAACAAAUUACGAGCAGAAGGAGAUGGCACUGGAAUCCAUAGUACAACUAUGGCGAAUCCCUGGAUUAGUAACGGAGUUGUACUUGAACUAUGAUUGCGAUCUUUACUGCAGCAAUGUUUUCGAGGAGCUAACUAAACUUUUGGUGGAGAACGCUUUCCCAGUGUCUGGUUUGCACGCACAUUCACUAAUUUCUCUGGAUGCUCUUCUCGUCGUUAUUGAUAUGAUUGAUCAAAAUUGCAUAUGCCGACAGGUUAUUGAGCAGAAAAAGAGAAAGAGAAUACUUGCAGAAGGCACUGAACUGUUCAACCAAAGCCCUAAAAAAGGCAUUGAGUUCUUGCGUGAAAAAGGAUUGCUAGGUGCUGAUUCGGCUAGUGUGGUUUACUGGCUGCGAACGAAUCCACAGUUGGACAAGAAGAAGAUUGCUGACUAUAUUUGCAGCCGAAAGAAUGCUAAUGUAUUGGAAGCGUUCGUAAGCUCGUUUCCAUUCGAGAAUACUCGCUUAGAUGAUGCACUUCGCAUGUUUCUGGAAACAUUUCGACUACCAGGUGAAGCAGCUGAGAUCAGCAUGGUCAUGCAGCAUUUCUCCGAGCAGUGGUACAAGGCAAAUAAUGAGCCGUUCAAUCACGUUGAUGCUGCCUUUACUCUCUCGUAUGCGAUUAUAAUGUUGAACACUGAUCAACAUAAUCCACAGGUUCGUAAGAAUCAACCGCCAAUGACAGUGGACUGCUUUAAAAGGAAUUUAUCAGGAACUAAUGGUGGUGCGGACUUUGAUCCGAAUAUGUUAACAAGUAUGUAUGACGCGAUUAAGUCUGAAGAAAUUGUGAUGCCAGCUGAACAAACGGGGCUUGUUAAGGAAAACUAUCUGUGGAAGGUGUUACUGCGACGAGGCGAGUCACCAGAGGGUCAAUUCAAACACGCACCAACCGGAUGGAAUGAUCACGAUUUGUUUUCAAUUACAUGGGGUCCAGCCGUGGCGACAUUAACCUAUGUUUUCGAUAAGUCGGAACAUGACGUUAUUUUACAGAAAGCACUGAACGGUUUCCGAAAAUGUGCCUCGAUUGCUGCAUACUAUGGUAUGAAGGAUGUGUUUGACAACCUCAUCAUUCAUCUGUGCAAGUUCAGCACAUUGAUGUGCAGUCACGAAGGUAUUUGUAAUAUCAUUUUUCAAAAGCGACAAUAUUUUUCUCGGUUUAAUUCCCAUGAACGAAUCGCUUUAGCGUUUGGUGAAAACCGUAAAGCGCAAAUGGCUACGAAAACAAUGUUCCAACUUGUACAUGCCAACGGAGAUAUUCUCAGAGAGGGUUGGCGCAACAUGCUUGACUGUUUGCUUCAGCUCUUCCGCGCUAGGCUGUUACCCACUGAGCUAACCGAAGUGGAUGACUUUGUUGAUGAAAAAGGCUGGGUAUCAUUGAUACGUGAUCAUAUAGUAGAACCUCAGCCAGUGCGAAGCGAAUCUGGCUUACUGUCUUGGUUCGGUCUUGGAGGCGGUGUUAGUGAAAGUGAACGGAAAAAACUCACACAAGACCAGCAAAAUUCCAUUAAACAUGCGCAAAUGGUAAUAUGUGAAUGUCGACCUGCUCAGUUAUUUACUGAUAGUAAGUACCUGACGAGUACCGCGCUAUCAGAACUUCUCAACGCUUUGAUUCAUGCCACCCAAACAGGAGGUAUCGUUAGUGGAGCGAAGGAGGAUGCACUAGUUUUCUAUCUUGAACUUAUUGUUACGAUUUGUCUUGAAAAUAAGGAUCGUCUUUCAUUAGUUUGGCCAGUUAUUCGGCGUCACUUACAGUGGUUGUUAUCAUCACGGUUUGGGAGGAGUCCGGUGCUUGUUGAACGAACCGUAGUUGGCUUGUUGCGAAUUGCUAAUCGGAACUUGUUUCGAGACAAUACAAUCGCAGAUGAUGUGCUUCAGUCACUGUCUUUGCUAUUGCGUCUGUCACCUAAAGCCAUGUACGUUUUCUCCCGUCAAAUUUCCUUUGGACUACACGAAUUGCUGCGUACAAAUGCGGCCAAUGUACACAGAAAAGAACACUGGGCAUUACUAUUUGCAUUGCUUGAAGCGGCCGGUGCAGCGGCACUGCCGGAUGACUUAGCUAACUCCGAGUGUGCUGCAACCAGUGACCGGCAGGCCUUUUCUGAUGGAGAAGUCAUGUCGCCGCAUUCUCAAUCUGAUGAUAGAGGGUACACUUCUGAUGACCCAAAGAGAGCAGCAUCAGAUUUUGAUGCGGACAGUACAGCGUCGUUAAAUCAAAGUCGUGAAUGGAUACAUUUGGAUCAUCGAGAUGCCCAUCGAGCUACUGAAGAUGCACUAAGGUCACUGGGUGGAAAUGUAGCCUAUUCAUGUGGUUUUACGCGCAGUUUUUUGGUUUUACGAACGAAUCUUGGAAGGCAUGAGCCAGCAGCAUUUCUUAAGGUGUGCGAUACGUUAUCGUUUCUUUUGCGAGAUGCUAUUCAUGUGACACCAGAUAACUUCGAGUCUUGUGUACAGUGUUUACGAACGAUGGUAGAGGCCAGCCUUGAUGGUGGAAGGUAUGCGGCUGGACCUAUUAGUGGUGAUGCACAAAAUCGACUAAGAAGCCAUGUCGAAGAUCGUGUGAAGAAAACAAAAACUUCAAAACCAGGGAAGAAAGAGCUCUCCACCGAUGUAGGUGGUGAUCUUAGUGAAAUGAGACAGGAAGAGCAGCAACUCACUGCAAGUUACCAGCAGGUUUCCCUGCAAUUGCUCGAUCUUUGUUCAACACUUCACAACUUAGCUCCAGGCAUACUUGCUCAGUGGGCGAAGACACAAUCUAAUGUUAGGAUGCGAUUCUGCACUGACUCAUUUACAGGAUGUCGUGUAUUUCAGCGAGCUUUCCUUCCAUCGAAUAUGGCAAAUUUGGGAGCGGCUGAAUGGGAGUCUUGCUUUGGUGAUGUGCUCUUUCCGUUGCUGGGUAAACUACUAGAUGUAUUUUCGGCCAUGGAUCCAAUUGGAAUGGAAGACACUCGAGUGCGAGCAAUGCAGAUAGUUGCAAAGACAUUACUCAACCAUCUAACUGCACUUUCCACACUGGCCUCAUUUCCAAGUCUUUGGCUUCGAUUACUGGAUUUUAUGGACAACUAUUUACGAGUAGAUAGCUGUGGAAAUCUUAACGAGGCAAUACCAGAGUCACUGAAGAACAUGUUAUUGGUCAUGGCAAGUACUGGAUUAUUUUCAUCUAUUCCCGGACUACAUCAAAUGACAGUCAGCAGAAUGGGAAAUGUUCUACCACAGUUGAUUCGUGACACAUUGCCUGAAAUUCCACCAUCAACAAUGUCGACAAGCGAGGUUGUUUUAUUGUUUAUUUAUGGUAACUGUCGCCUCGUCGAGCUUCGUUUUCCUCAAGGUCCGAAAAGUCCGCCAAAUACCUCCAAAACCUCAACAAAAUACUCGCGAUACCUAAAUUUCAAUCGCGUUAGAAACGAAACAAGUUUUUUCAUGCUCAUGCUUUUUUAUGAGUUUUGGAGAUUCGUGGAGACCUACCAUAUGGAUGGGUAA